UUGUGUAACGGUUGGAAUGCGGAGUGGGGAAUUGGUCCCCGCCCUAGUUUCUUGAAACAUCUAUCACCAAAGACAGGGGGAACCGUUACUUGGGACAUAAACGGGGAUGUGCUGACAUAUCUCGCCAUUUUUUGUAUACAACUUGAAUAGUUUACAUUUUGUUUGACUUCUAACAUGGAGCUGGACCGACGGUUACUACUCGCCCAUUGCACGGCUCACGCCCUGUCCGUCGUGGCGGGUUUGCUGGUGGUCGUUCCCAUGGCUCUCAAUGGCUCCGCGUUUAAAGGCCGCUGCGCACUCUUCUCCACCGGCUUCUGGAGGUCGGAGAACCGGAGCGAGCUGACGGGGCAGAUGGGAGACAUCCCUCACCUGGUGGUACAGCAGUGGGGCCCACCGGCAGCCUGCCAGUUUGCAACGUUUGUCGGUAUUUUCACGGUGCUGUACGGUGCAGCGCAGGGCUGGAGGUGCCUCUUCUAUCUGCACGGACGACAUGACGACACCCUGUUUUCGUCCUUCCUGACGGUACUGCUGAGUGUGUGUGUGUUCUUCCUGUCUGGAGGGGCCAGUGCGAUCCUGUCUCUGGGACUGGUCUCCUGGUGCGACACCGUGACCGAUGUCGGCACACGGCCAUACAGCUGUGCAGAGUCCCAGUCUGUUCCUCUUUACUUGGAUGUGAACACCUCAUCAUUCUACACGGAGCUCAGUGUGGCACAGGCGUCUCUGUGGUGUGUGACGGCUCUGUGGCUGGCUCAGUCCAUCCUGGCUUUCCUGCGGCUCUACCACUCUCACAGCCAGCACAUCAGCAGGCCGUGUCGCCCCCGAGAGAAGGAGCUGCUGCUGGGACACAGUCCAUCCGAUAGCAGCUCCCCCUCACCUCUCCCAGCAACACCCACACUCUUAGUCUGACUGAGAGAGCAUGGGCUGGUGAUAUGAGACAGUACACUUAACUCAACCAUCUAAACUUUGUUUUGAACCUCAUUUCUUUCCACUCUGUAGUACUUACUACGAAAUGAAGAAUAUGGACGUCUUAAGUUUCAUUUAGGACAAGCUUUAAUUUCGAUAUAAUUCAUAACUCAUCAGCGUAUACGACGCAUACACCAUUUUGGUUGCCAAAAAUAUUUAAUUUCUUUAAGAACCAAGGGAGGGUGGUUAUCUUGUCAUAGUUACAAAUAUCUGUUUUUUGUUAUUAGAUUUUUAAAACCUCAAAUAUUGAUGUGGAGUUUUGUCAGGCUUUAUCAUACAACAAUAAGAUGUUUGGGCAUGGCCACCACUUACAAUACAUUGCAUCACAUGACAGUGACAACACAGUGCAGCUCCUGUUUGUGUCCCUUACGUAUUGAAUCACAGAACUAAGCAUGUAUUUUUCUGAAUGAUAAAUACCAGUUGAUCUUUUAAAAAAAAAAUCCUCAAAGACCUCUGGAGGCUAACGAUGUGCACUAACUGGGACUAAACUCAACUCUGUCUUGGGACAAAAGGGAAGAGACGCGAAAAGAAAGACUCAUCAGAAUAGUUAAAUUAUAUGAAUUCAGUGAUCUAAUAAGCACAGUCUUAUUUAGGAGCGAUUGCUUGUCCUUAUCAUUUGACCACAAGUAACCAGAUGGUGUUUUUCCUUACAGUCUGUUUUGAAUAUAUUUAAUAUGCAUGAUUGUUUACAUUUCAGAUGACAUUUUGCACAUUCGUGUCCUCAUCAGGGAAAACACAUUUUUGUUGACUGUUCUGAGUGUAAUUUUCAGAUGCAGCACUGAAAGCAUGUGGUGAGAGUGUGACUGAGCCACCAUGUACGAGAAACCGGCUCACUGUGUGAGCAUGACCCAAAUGUUCUGUUGUGUAACGGAAAAACCACUGCUGACCUUCUCUCUUCCUGUGACGAUUGUCAUUAUGAUGCUGUUUGUGUGGACACGACCUCUCAGGGCGUCAAUGAAGCAGUCAAAUCCUCUCAAAUGAGCAAAUGUAGAGUCUGCAGGGUAUGAUUAGAAACUUUAAACAAUCAGUGAUAUAUUGAGAGAGACUUGUGCAGAGCCCCAAAGGGUCAGUGGAGAGGAAAGAAUUUACUAAUUUUGCAGAGCUUUUAAAAGAAUUGCUUCAAAGUUGUUUCUUCUUUCCAUUUAUCAUUGACCCAAAAGGUUGUCAUGAUAUACAGACAGCGGAGCAAGAAAUCUGAAGUAAAGAGAGAUCAGGCAGUUAUGUCGCUUGAAAUAAAUUGUAACAUGAAAUGUUUUUUGUAUUAUAACUAACAGUGGUCUUGAUUUUUACCUCUUAUACCUGUUUGUGCUCAGUCAUGUUCUUUUUUUUUUUUGCAUUUGUUUGUUGAAUAAAAGACUUCCCAUGC